GGAAAACCCCUUGUGCCAAACCCUAAGAAGGCCUUCGUCUCUGCCUCUUCCAUGGCUUGGCCCCCUGGCUGGCUGGCCUCUAGAAAACCUUGUGGCCCCACCCCUGAGGCUCUAUAGAAUGAAUCCAGGAGACAGCCGCGACUGAGCAGGUUUUUCCUUCCGUCUACCAGACUAACCUAGCUCAAGUCUACUCUUCAUCCCCCACACCUCUGCCCAGUGUACCCAGCUGGGCUGCGGCUCACUUCCAACAUGGGAGAAAUGGCCAACAGCGCAGUGGAUUUUUAUCCCAAAAACCAGCGGCGAGAAAUGAACCAUGCAGGUGGUUUUGGCUGCACCCUGUCGGAGCUGCGCUCCCUUAUGGAGUUGCGUGGGCCUGAAGCUCUCCAGAAAGUCCAGGAGAGCUACACAGAUGUCAACGGGCUCUGCAGGAGACUCAAGACUUCCCCCACUGAAGGUCUCUCUGAUAACGCAGCUGAUCUGGAAAAGAGAAGACAGAUCUACGGACAGAACUUCAUUCCCCCAAAGAAGCCCAAGACUUUCCUGCAGUUAGUGUGGGAGGCACUUCAGGAUGUGACCCUGAUCAUUCUGGAAAUUGCGGCCAUCAUCUCCUUGGGGCUGUCUUUUUAUGCUCCACCGGGUGAAGAAAGUGAAG